CAGGGCAUGCCGGCCCCCCCGGGGGGGAACUGAGAGACUCGCCGAGGCCUCCUCCUCCCUCCCCGAAACCCCAGGGGACGCUGCCGGCCCCCCCCCCCCCCGCCCCGUUCGCCAUGGCCGACACGCUGGAGUUCAACGAGAUCUACCAGGAGGUGAAGGGAUCCAUGAACGACGGCCGGCUGCGGCUGAGCCGCCAGGGCGUGAUCUUCAAGAACAGCAAGACGGGGAAGGUGGACAACAUUCAGGCCUCGGAGCUGGCGGAGGGCGUGUGGCGCCGCGUGGCGCUCGGCCACGGCCUCAAGCUGCUCACCAAGAACGGCCACGUCUACAAAUACGAUGGCUUCCGGGAAUCGGAGUUCGAUAAGCUCUCGGAUUUCUUCAAGGCCCACUAUCGCCUGGAGCUGGCGGAGAAGGACCUGUGUGUGAAGGGCUGGAACUGCACGGUGAGGUUCGGAGGGCAGCUCCUCUCCUUCGACAUCGGGGAGCAGCCGGUGUUCGAGAUCCCCCUCAGCAACGUCUCCCAGUGCACGACGGGCAAGAACGAGGUGACGCUGGAGUUCCACCAGAACGACGACGCUGAGGUCUCGCUCAUGGAGGUGCGCUUCUACGUGCCCCCCACCCAGGAGGACGGCGUGGACCCCGUGGAGGCCUUCGCGCAGAACGUCCUCUCCAAGGCGGACGUGAUCCAGGCCACGGGCGACGCCAUCUGCAUCUUCCGGGAGCUGCAGUGCCUGACGCCCCGCGGGCGCUACGACAUCCGCAUCUACCCCACCUUCCUGCACCUGCACGGCAAGACCUUCGACUACAAGAUCCCCUACACCACCGUGCUGCGCCUCUUCCUGCUCCCCCACAAGGACCAGCGGCAGAUGUUCUUCGUGAUCAGCCUGGACCCCCCGAUAAAGCAGGGCCAGACCCGCUACCACUUCCUCAUCCUGCUCUUCUCCAAGGACGAGGACAUCUCGCUGACCCUCAACAUGAACGAGGAGGAGGUGGAGAAGCGCUUCGAGGGGCGGCUCACCAAGAACAUGUCUGGCUCCCUCUACGAGAUGGUCAGCCGCGUCAUGAAGGCUCUGGUCAACCGCAAGAUCACCGUGCCUGGCAACUUCCAGGGGCACUCGGGAGCCCAGUGCAUCACCUGCUCCUACAAGGCCAGCUCGGGGCUUCUCUACCCGCUGGAGCGCGGCUUCAUCUACGUGCACAAGCCGCCCGUGCACAUCCGCUUCGACGAGAUCUCCUUCGUCAACUUCGCCCGCGGGACCACCACCACCCGCUCCUUCGACUUCGAGAUCGAGACCAAGCAGGGCACGCAGUACACCUUCAGCAGCAUAGAGAGGGAGGAGUACGGGAAGCUCUUCGACUUCGUCAACGCCAAGAAGCUGAACAUCAAGAACCGAGGCCUCAAGGAGGGAAUGAAGCAGAGCUACGACGAAUACGCCGACUCCGACGAGGACCAGCACGAUGCCUACCUGGAGAGGAUGAAGGAGGAGGGCAAGAUCCGGGAGGAGAACGCCAAUGACAGCAGCGACGGGUCUGGGGAGGAGACAGAUGAGUCGUUCAACCCUGGUGAAGAGGACGAUGACGUGGCUGAAGAGUUUGACAGCAACGCCUCGGCCAGCUCCUCCAGCGGUGACGGUGACAGUGACCGGGAUGAGAAGAAGCCAGCCAAGAAGGCCAAGAUCGUCAAGGACCGCAAGCCCCGCAAGAAGCAGGUGGAGAGCAAGAAGGGGAAAGACCCCAACGCUCCCAAGAGGCCCAUGUCAGCGUACAUGCUCUGGCUGAAUGCCAACCGCGAGAAGAUCAAGUCCGACCACCCCGGCAUCAGCAUCACAGACUUGUCCAAGAAGGCUGGGGAGCUCUGGAAAGCCAUGUCCAAGGAGAAGAAAGAGGAGUGGGAUCGCAAGGCAGAAGAUGCCAGGAGGGACUACGAGAAGGCCAUGAAGGAGUACAGCGUGGGCAGCAGGUCCGAGAGCUCCAAGACGGAGAGGUCUAAAAAGAAGAAGAAGAAGCAGGAGAAGCAGAUGAAGGGGAAAGCAGAGAAGAAGGGUACUGCCUCCAAGUCUUUGUCCUCCGCAAAGUCCUCUGCCAAAAGUCUGAGCGAGAGCUUCAAGAGCAAGGAAUUUGUCUCCAGUGACGAGAGCUCCUCUGCAGAGAGCAAGAAGGAGGACUCGGAGGAGGAGGGAGGCGCCAGCCCACCCCCCAGCUCAGAGGAUUCCGCAUCGGGCUCGGAUUAGCGCUGUCCCCGCUGGCUCCAGGCUGGUUCCCAGAUCAGCGAGAGGACUGAGGGCCCCGGCUCCGGGGCUGCAGCGGGCUCCCGACCCUCCUGGCUUCCGCUUGGCAUCCUCCUGCUGCCAGGGGCAGGGGGACACAAGGGCAGGGCAGGAGCGUGCCCGGCCCCCCCUGCCCAAGCCCUCUCCCCUCAGUGCCUGGCUGGGGAGGGAGGCCGGAGCGAGGGGCCUCAGUCCCGCCUCAGCCCCAUUUCUCAUCAAUUUAUUUUUUUAAAUACUCGGGUUUGUUUUGGUCUCUUUUUUUUUUUUUUUUUCUUUCGUUUUGUAUUUUGGGUCCAUUCACAUUGAAUAAAAAAACACCCGCCCAGG